GGGUGGUGAUGGUAGUUGGCAAUGAGGACUGGAAGGGGAAUAUCGCAAAGUGGAAGUGAUCAAAUAGUCCAGAGUGCAGACGUUGUAUCCCAAACAUUUCCAAUAAAACUACGUGCUUAGAACGCCAAUGUGCCACGGACAGAUGGAGGCGCUAACAGCCGUGUCAAGAUGUUCUAUGAAACACUUGUGACUAAAUAACUUCAAACAUACCUCGGGAUGGCCUUGAAUCAGCCUAAGAAGCCUCGCCAUGACCGUGCCUACCGCAGGGCACGCGACGCCCCUCCCUCCUGCCUGCUGCUGCUGCCCGUCCUCCUGACCCUGCUGGGCCGCCGCGCCGCCACCGCCCCUGACGCACCCGGAGGCCAGGAGGCAUGGGAGUACCUGGCCAGACUGGACUCUUCCCUGAGGCCUCUGCAACACCCCCGGCCCUUGUCCGGUGUGGGCCCAGCCGCGGAGAGGGGCAGGGGCGUCAGCCUCGCCGCUCCCCUGGCGGUGGAAGUGCACGUCGGCACCGACAACGUGACGGUGCGUGUCGACGGUGUACAGGUAUACCACGUCGCUGGAGGGGCGCGGAAGGCUAAGGUUCACUUCUGGCCCAACUCAGGGGUGCACCUGGUGGUCCUGGGGCCGUGGCGACAGGUCAUGAUGCUUCAGCGCUUCCUCACAUAUCAGCCGGCGGAGCAUCUCGACCUGGCAGCCGCCCUCGCCUCUAUCCAGCCUGGCCGCGUGGUGGUCCUUGCUGCCGCGCCGGACUUUGCUCUCUUCUUGGGUCGAGCAGCGGUGGAGGCACUCGGCUCUUUAGGGUUCCAAUUGUCACCGAGGAUGGCGAGGGGCGAGGCUUGGGCGGGAGUGGCCAUCACGGGUGUGGGUGUUGUAGCAGAAGGCGCAACGACACUCCAGGAGGGAGUGUACCCGGCGACCAGCCUUCACCUGACAGCAGUGACGCAGCCCCGGGACCAUGCAUUUGAGUGUAAGUGGCACAGUGAGCCGGGGAGGGAGCUUCAAGCCUCCUUCUGCAGGCAGUAUGAAGGUUACGGGGACUUUUGUGCCUGUCAGCGUCCCUUCACGCCAGACAUUAAGUAUCGACAGGAGCGAGUGAUGGUGAAGGAAGAGAUCCCGGUGGUGAUAGUCACAGCAAACAAACCUCGCCAUCUCUACAGAUUACUGAGGAACUUAUUCACAAUCGAGGGCGGCGGGCAGACGGAGGUGCUGGUUGUGGUGGACGGCGCCCACCAGGAGACGCUGGCCCUGGCCGGCGUGAUGGGCGUGGAGACACUGGUGCACCGGCCAGAGGGCGUCCACAGUAAUCGCACCAACGCCAACGUCCGCUUCGCCCUCUACAGCGUGUUCAGGCAGUACCCCCGCGCCGACAAGGCCAUAGUGCUGGAGGACGACCUUCUCCUCUCACCGGAUUUCCUGAGUUUCUUCCACCAGGCAGCGUGGGUAUUGGACAGUGACCCGACAGUUUUCUGUGUUAACGCAUUCAACAGUAACAGCCUUCCGGAUACUGCUGCUGAUGUCUCUCAGUUGCUGAGGUCUGAGGGCUUUCCCAUGUACGGGUGGAUGGUGGGGCGGAGCUACGCCAGGCAGGUCGUCACCAACUGGAUCCCCCAAGGACCCGGGGACUGGGACUGGUGGCUCAUGAAGGCGUGGGCGCAGAGGAACCGAGAUGUGGUCUCGCCUGAGGUGUCCAGGACGUUCCAUGCUGGCAAUGCUGGCGAACAUGUGGACGGCUUUGAGCAGCACCUUUACUACAACCGGAUUCUUACCUCCACUCAGCCUGGCACCAGACUGAGGGACAUCUCAGGCGUCGUCCUAAACAACUAUGUGCAGCACCUGGCGUCGGAGAUCCAGCGGGCGGAGUUGGUGAUGCCUGAUCCCAGGGAGAGAGAUUUCCUGCCGCCAGGACGGCCCGGCCCCUUCGUUGCCUUCGUCAGGGCGGGCACCAGGAAUGACGAGUUUUACAGUUUCAGGGUGUUCUUACUGAGCACCCGGACCUACUACUGGGACACUCGGGAGAUCUUCAGGGGUGUCAUGCGGCUACGGCUACAGGGACGCCUCUUCUACAUCGUGGGCUGUCCUCUCUCUGAGCUCUUCUGCAAACUCAAGCCUCGGGACGCCCCUGUGACUAGCCCGUCGCGGAGGAUCGUGAGGGCCGUCAUGAGGAUCAACAACAAGUACGAACAGUCCCUCUACGAGUACGGCAUCCGAGGGAGGCGCCCGGCAGUUGACCUUCAGGAGGAGGCUCAGCUGCUCAACUAUGUCCCAUGACGUGUGUGUGUGUGUGUGUGUGUGUGUGUGUGGUCUCUCUCUCUCUCUCUCUCUCUCUCUCUCUCUCUCUC